AUUAACGUUGUAUUGUAUUUGUAGCACGAAUCAUAUUCCAAACAUUUUGUAUUUCUAAUCUCCAACGUUGGAUUGUUCCAACAACAAUGUUGUCACUGUAACACUUGAAUUCCUUUGCCAAAAUCCAAAAAAAUAAAAAAGUAAAAAAAAAUAAAAAAUGCAGAGGCUGCUUGGGAGGAUUGCUGGGUUCUUGAGCAAUCGAACUAUGGUGGGAGUGGACAAAGGAGGGAACAAAUACUUCACCAGAAAGGAAGAGAUUGAUGGUAUCAUGAAAGAGAAAAGAUGGGUGGUGUUUAAAGGAGAGGAGGAUCCUACCUCUAUUCCAGUUGAAUGGAUAUGUUGGCUGAAUGGGCAGCGUAAAAAGGCUCCAACUCCAGAGGAAAUGAUGGAAUUGGAAGCAAGACGUGAACGUGUUAGACAGAAUGUUGCUCUUCUCAAGAAAGAAGAAGAGGAAAGGAGAGCCAAAGAAGGCAGUAAAGGAAAACGUGUCAGCACUGGAAAAGUUGGUGGUCCAGACUUGAAAAGUUUUAUUCGGCAAUUCCCAGUUCCUUCAGAAGGUGACGAGGUUGAAGAAUCAUCUGGCACAAUGGGUGGCUUGAGGAAUUCUCAACAGAGCACAGCUGAGAAAGCAAAAGUGGAGCCUGAGUUUUCAGAGCCAACAGGAUCUGGUGCAUCUUUUAGACCAGGAACCUGGCAACCUCCAACUUGAGUUUUCAUUACAACUAAUAGGGCCAUGUUGACACCGACAUCCUUGUCUUAGCUUCAUGCUCUGUUUUGAAAAGCCAUGCCUGAUGUUUGAUUUUUUCCUCAAGAUCUUUGAUAGAAGAAUUCUUCUGUGUGCAAAUUUCUAGCAAUUCUAAUUCAUUGAUAAACAUUUGUCCAAAGAAAUGAAGGGUACGAAUGUUCUCUUGUGCUUUUUGGCGACCUUGCAAGGACUCUUGCCCGAGCCAGAACUGUAAAACUGAGAUGGCCCAUAACUCAAAUCAAGAUUAACAGCAUUAGCUAUUUAUCUAUGAAAAAUUGGAUUUGGAUCCUCUACAGUUGAAUUGUAAGUGCAAUUAGAAUGAGAUAGGCACAGGAAGUAAAUUUCAUAAUUUUUGAAAU